AUGUCUCACGGUGAUCAUUCUCGAGAUCCAUGUCCCUAUGUCAUCCUUAACGAUUUCGGAGGAGCCUUUGCAAUGGGUGCGAUAGGUGGUGGUAUAUGGCAUGGUAUAAAAGGAGCGAGGAAUAGUCCGAGGGGAGAACGAUUUGUAGGCUCAAUGUCAGCUAUAAAAGCCCGAGCGCCAGUAUUAGGAGGUAAUUUCGGUGUAUGGGGUGGAUUGUUCUCGACGUUCGACUGUGCGGUCAAAGGGUAUAGACAAAAGGAAGAUCCUUGGAAUGCUAUUAUCUCGGGUUUCUUGACGGGUGGAAGUUUGGCUUUGAGAGCCGGUCCUAGAUCAGCGUUCGGCUCAGCAGUAGGAUGUGGUAUUCUCUUAGGAGUGUUUGAAGGUGUCGGUGUACUCAUGAAUCGAAUGUUCGCCCAGCCGAUCCCUCAGAUGCAAUUACCCGAACAAGCACCAGCAUCACCUUCACCAGCUGUCGCUUAA